AUGCCAACAUGGAAAUAUUCCGAAAGGCAGAAGGCAAAGGCUUUACUAGUCGAGGAGGCAUAUCAAAGCUUACUAAGUAGAGGAGUUGAAGGUCUACCACCAACAAUGGGAGGUAGAUGGAGAACAGACGAUCCUCAGGUAAACGCUGAGAUGAAGAGGCUCGAAAACCUCAGGAAUCCCAAGCGUCCCAGAGGUAGAUCACCAAAGGUCAAGGUUGAUGGUGAAGUAUCCCCCAAAAGAAGGGGUAGACCACCAAAAACCGCGGUAGCCGAAACCAAAGAAGUUAAGGUUGCCAAAAGAAAAGACAGACCACCAAAGGCUAAGGUGGUUGAAACUCAAGAAGUUACGGUUCCUAAAAGGAGAGGUAGACCACCAAAGGCUAGGGUAGUCGAAACACCGAAACCUAAGGUUAGAAGACAGACUGUCGCAGAAAGGUUCAUAAGCCAGGGUCGGAUAAAACUCUCGGUUCCUGCGGAUAGUGUCAUAACACAGGUGGGACCAAAUAAGUUCACGGUGACAGUGGAUCUCAGCAAAAAACCCACAAGGAAAGCUCCUGAGGUGCCAAAAGGUGUGACUCCAUGGAAACCUAGAGAGAGACCAGUUCCUAAGCCUAGAACUGUUCUUCCUAAGGAAAAACCUGUUCCUAAACCUAGAACUAAAAUUCCUAAGGAAAGACCUGUUCCUAAGCCAAGGACUAAAAAACCAGUGCCUCCUCCAAAGUUACGAAAGCCUGCAAGGGUGACUAGGGAAGUUGUGGAGCAGCCUGUGGUGGUUACACCUGAGGAAUAUGAAAUCGAUCCAUUUGGAACAUACCUCGAUAAGCCAUCCUAUAGGAAAAUAGAAACUGCCGCAAAUGGAGCAGCUGUGACCUACUCAAUAACUCCAAACUAUAUGGACCCACUGGACCAGAUGACAGCAAGUAGGCAGGUGGUGAGGGGAAUACUAGUGAACGAGUUGAAGAGAAUGGGAGGUCUAAAAUAUACAGAAACAAUUAAAGUGAGAAUGUCGAAGGAAAUUGGUAACGACAAAACAAAGAAGGAUUCAAUAUACUUCAAGUCGAAAACUGGAACUGCGACCAACUUUGAGGAUAUCGAAAGCACUGCAGCACAAAACCAGCUGACAAUCCUAUCCAGAAUUGAAACAUUCCAAAACCUAGGUUCAAACUGGAUUAUACUAAAUAUUGAAAGCCACUACGUUAACAUUGCAAUGUAUAAACCUCUAAAGGGUAGUUCAUAUAUGAAAUUACCCGCAGACAUUAGUAAUCCGAAAUGUGGUCUCAUUAAUAUGAAAAAUGAAGAUAACAAAUGUUUCAUGUGGAGUCAUGUGAGACACGUGAGACCAAAGGCUAGGAGAGCAACAACAAUAACACGAGAAGAUGUUGAGUUCUCGGAAAACCUAGACUAUGAGGGAAUAGACUUCCCUGUGAAAAUAAGUGAUAUCGACAAAAUUGAGAGAAGGAACUGUAUAAGCAUAUCAGUGUUCGGCUAUAAGGGCAAAAAGCAGUUCUACCCAAUCAGGAACUCUAAGGUGAAAUAUGAUAAACAUAUGGAGCUGCUGCUACUAGGUGACAAUGAUGGUGGUAACCACUACGUUCUAAUAAAGGAUGUAAAUAGAAUGCUCUUCAGUGUAAGUGGAAACUCGAACAAGAAACACUUCUGUCUGCACUGCCUUCAUAGUUGCGUAAGUAAGGAGUCACUGGAGAAACAUAAGGAGACAUGUCUCGAGGUAAAUGGAACUCAAGCCACAAAGCUUCCGAGUGAGGGUACGAAAAUAAAGUUCAAAAAUCACAGGAACUCAAUGCCUGCACCAUUUGUAAUAUACGCCGACUUCGAGUCCAUGCUGGUUCCUGAAGAGAGAAAAGUUGAUCCUGAAAGCCCCGAGGAAAAGAGUAGUACAGACCUUUACCAAACGCACAAAGCCUGUAGUUUUGGGUUAAAAACAGUGUGUCAUUAUGAUGAUCAGUACUCUGGUGAAUACAUAAGUUACGUUGGUGAAGACGCCACGAAUGUCUUUCUGAAGACAGUACUGAAGGAGUCUAUUAAGUGCCGGGAGAUGGUAAACAAAAUAUUCAAGAAAAAGAUGGUAAUUACACCAGAACAAGAAGCUGAGUUCUGGAUGACAAGAAACUGCUCCAUAUGUGGUAACGACUUGGGUGAUGACAGAGUGAGAGACCACGAUCAUGUAACUGGAAUGUAUCGUGGAGCUGCCCAUAAUAUGUGUAAUCUGAAGUACAGAAUCACAUGGAAAGUUCCGGUGGUUUUCCACAACCUAAGAGGUUACAAUAGCCAUCUGAUAAUGCAGGAGAUUGGAAAGUUCAAGAUGAACAUCAACGUUGUCCCAAAUAAUAUGGAAAAAUAUAUUUCCUUCUCACUAGGUAAAAGUCUUGUGUUCAUUGACUCAAUACAGUUCAUGGCUUCUUCUUUGGAAGCACUUGUGAGUAACCUUUCACCUGAAGACUUCAGGAUAGUUGGCAAGAGGUGGACUGGUGAGGACUUCAAACUUGUGACACAAAAAGGUAUAUUUCCAUAUGAAUAUUUGGAUGACAUUAGUAAACUUAAUGUUGAGGGUCUUCCAAGCAGAGACAAAUUCUACUCAUCUCUAUAUGAGUCGGAGGUGAAAGAAGAAGAUUACCAAAGAGCGCUAAAAGUAUGGGAUCACUUUAAGAUGAAAACCAUGAGAGACUACCACGAUCUCUACCUGGAAACCGACGUUCUUCUUCUAGCAGAUGUUUUUGAGAAUUUCAGGAAGACCUGCUUGGAAAACUACAAGCUUGACCCUGCUCACUAUAUAUCAGCACCAAGUCUAAGUUGGGAUGCUUUCCUAAAACAGUCAGGUGAGGAGAUAGAAUUGGUAAGUGAUAUGGACAUGUUCCAGUUCUUUGAGAAGGGAAUGAGAGGUGGUAUAAGUCACAUUGCCCACAGACACUCUACAGCAAAUAAUAAGUACAUGGAAACGUACGACGAAGAUCUUGAAAACAAGUUCCUUAUGUACCUCGAUGCCAACAAUUUAUAUGGUUGGGCGAUGUCGCAGCCGCUGCCUAAUGGUGAGUUUGAGUGGAUCGAGGAUUUUGAUGUGGCAAACUUAGAUGAUUACCUUGGAGACAACGGAAGGGGUAUGGUUUUAGAGGUUGACAUGGAAUACCCAAAGGAACUUCAAUACUCAAAAACGGUCAGCAGCUAAGAAUGCGUUUGAGAAAAACUUCUUCAAACUUAUGAAUAAUUCCAUCUAUGGAAAGACUAUGGAAAAUUUGAGGAAGAGAGUUGAUGUAAAAUUAGUGUCAUCGGAAAAAGACCUCCUAAAACUUACAGCGUCGCCGUGCUUCCAAUCACAUAGGAUUAUGAAUGAGAACUUAAUUGUGGUAAAAAGAAUGAAGGAAGUUCUAACUCUGAAUAAACCGUGCUACGUUGGAAUGAGCAUCUUAGACUUAUCAAAGACUCUUAUGUACGACUUCCAUUACAAUACAAUUAAGAAGGAGUACGGUGACAGGUCAAAGCUACUGUUCACAGAUACUGACAGUCUGAUGUACGAAAUAAAGACUGAUGAUGUUUAUGAGGACUUCAAGAGGAUCGGCGAGGAGAAGGACUGUUGGGACAACUCAGAUUAUCCGAAAGAUUCUCCAUAUUACUCAGCUCAUAAUAAGAAGGUAAUUGGAAAGUUUAAGGAUGAAGCUGGAGGAGUACCAGUGAUUGAAUUCGUUGGUUUAAGGUCGAAAAUGUACUCCUACGUAAAGGAAAGUGGUGGAGGUGGAAUGACCGCGAAAGGUGUGAAAAAGUACGUGAUUAAAAACAAACUCACUCACGAAAACUUUAAGAACGUAAUCAAGACGAGAGGUUUGAUGAGACAUAAGAUGAACACAAUCCGAAGCAUCAAACAUAAAAUCGGAACUUAUGAACUGAAGAAAAUCACACUCAGCUGUUUCGAUGACAAAAGAUACCUACUUGAAGAUGGUGUUACAAGUUACGCGUACGGACACCACUCAAUAGGAGAAAUGAACGCUGAGGUGGUGAUUGAAGAAAAAGUUGAACCGAGCUGUGUAACAGUAAGGGCUGAACUUGAAAGUGGAAACAACAGACUUGAAAAAGCAUUGGAACUCUACGAAGGACCUCCCUGGGAAAAUAAAAAAAAACGUUUUCCCAGACCAGAGCAUAAAGUAGUGAUUCCACUGAAGAGGUUCAAGUUCAAGAAACAAAUACCAUUGAGGGUAGUCGUAACUGAUGAGAAUCAUCUAAGGAAAAACUACGACACACUACCAAAAGAAGAAAAAGGAUUCUUGAGAAUGGUGUUGGGUGAGAAAGCGAAGUCACUUGGUGUUCAAGUUAUAAGAACACCAGGAAGUGAUAAGUUGAAUGUAAUUGGAUAUUAGGUAAAUCGUUAGAUAUAAAUUUAUAGAUUAGAUGAAAGUUGACUGAUAAUCUCCGAAAAAUAUUGCAAGUAAAAAUGAGUUAAAAAGACCAGAAAAAAUAAGAUGGUUUUUGGUUCAGAAAAAUUGAGCCCGCGGUUUUUGGUAGAAAUGGUAGAAGCCGCUGACCGGAAGUGGGUGGGGAUCGCGGGCCGAAAAAGUGGUCUAGAACCCUCAUUCCCUAUACUACUUCAGUUUAUAAAACAUUUUGAUCACAGAAACUUAUAUGAUGUAAACAAACUCAACUAAUAAUUACUAGUAUAUUUUUUCACCCUAAUUGUGACUAAACGCUUGCAUAUAAGAACCUACAAUUUAAAAACCUUUCAGGCUAAAUUUUUUUAUUUAGACACCCUAAAUAAGAAUUUGUUUAGGCUGGCAUUUUAGGUUCUUAUUUUAUCACAUGAAGACAAAAUCAAAUCAAAUCUAAAAAUGUAUAUAAAUCAAAGAAAAUAAACUCUUCACAAAGUAAUGAAAAUGAUCCAGAACACUGAAAAUGUCAUUGAGAUAAAUAAAGUGUUAGCAGCUUUACAGUAUAGCUUUACACAUAGCUAUUAGUUAGAUAAUUUGUGCACAAUUUAUAUAUAUGUAUAUAUACAUGUAAAUUAUACCUCACAUACCAAAAAUGACUCGCUUUUCUUCCAGAAUUUAACCUAAUUUCCAAGUUCUAAUGAUCAUGUAGUCACUACAUGUAUUGUCCAAAGGUGAGGUCUGGCAUGGGGGUUUGAAAUCCGAGUUUUCUUACUCCUAUAUGGAUUGCCUCCUAUACACAAAGCAAUCUGAAACACAAGCCAGUUCAUUUUGUACCAUGAUUGCCUGAUUUUGUGUCACAAAGAGUGGCACCAUCCCAUAUAUAUUUUAUUGUCAGAACAAGCUGCCAUGGCCUGUUUUGUGACAUGAAAUCAGAUAACACAUGCAGUAAAACCCUGCAUAUAAUAAGAACCUAGAUUUUUUCCAAGUUAGCCUAAACAGGUUAAUCUUAUGUGAAUGGUGCUUACCUGACUGUUCAUGUCACAAACUGUAAAAUAUAUUUACAGUAUAUUCAGUAUUUUCAGGGAAGCGUAAGCCCUUGAGUCAUAUCCAUGCCUAUAACUUGGAUAAAUACUGUAUGUGUUUUAAUAAUAAUUGUUUAUAAAAUAUUUGUAUUAUCAUAUAACCCAAUAAAUCUGUUAAGAAAAAGAAAGAUUCGUUGAUGUAAAUAAAAAUUUCCGAUCAGUGUUUCCUGAGCAUUCUGAUGAGCUCUGUCCUCUGAUAUAGAGCGAAACAAGCAUAUCAUUUAGCAAUUGUCCUCAAGCAUAUAUUUAGUAAAUGAUGAACUAACGUGAUCACUAGAUUGACCGGAAUUGUUGAAGUUAAUAUUACUAUUAGAUCAUUCAGUGUCACAAGAAUAUCAUCAUUUAGUGUCAAUAUGAGUGUAAUAUCAAUUAUUAUUAAUGAAUUCAUACUUCCAGUUCAUAAUUUCAAAACAUACAUUUUUAUAACACAAAAAAGUUGAAUAUAAUCUUAGCGUCUCGUACUCUCGUCACUGUCAAUCUAUUGAACUCUUCUAUCGUUUAUAACAGCAUCCGAAAUCAUCUCCAUAGCGCGCACGAGCUUGAACAAAAGCUGUUUAUCCAGCUUUUGCACGGUCAAAAAAUUCGCCCUUGGCUUUGCCACGAAGACAGGAACUGCAGCCACAUUCUCAAUCACACUUGUCAGUUUCGAAUUUCGUCAAGCGAAAAGCUUUCCCCAAGCGCUUCUGUCAUAAUGACAAGAACAACACUGGCAACAUGUUUCGAAGGAUUGAUAUACCGCAUUAACUAUUUUCAUGAUGAGACACUCCAAAGGUAAACACAAAUUAUUCGAACUCACACCUUCGGGAUUUCAGAAGGGACUUAAGCCUCGUUUACACUACGCUCAAUUUUUGGUACGGCACGGAUAAAAUUGGUACCCGUACCACUUUUUUGGUUCUUGGACUACCUAUUUAGGUAGUCCAAGAACCAAAAAGCGGUACGGUACCAAAAAUUGAGCGUAGUGUAAACGAGGCUUAGCUAAAUAGAUAGUCCAAGAACCAAAAAAGUGGUACGGGUACCAAUUUUAUCCGUGCCGUACCAAAAAUUGAGCGUAGUGUAAACGGGGCUUUGAACCUACCUUUAAAUAUAAAACAAAUUUGAGGGGAAUACCACCUUAUUAAUUAAGCUUGGCUGCAUGGUCGUCUAAUAACGCGGUGAUAUAGGCACUUCAACAUAAAUCAUUAGCGAUUCAAGCUAGUGUGCUAAUUCAACAUAGUCCACAAAUCUAUGUACUAAACAAAUUAUUAGUUUAAAGUAGAAAAUUCCAUAUCGGAAAUCUACAACCACUUGGGCAAAAUCCAACAAAGGGAACCACAACCCCCAGGCAUUAUAUGAUAAAAUGCUAUCAUUAAGACAAGUAUCAAUGUUAAUAUGGUUACAUAACUGAUUUUAAGUGUUCACUUUGACAAACAAUUUUAGGUACAGUGCAUUAUGCAUACUUACAUCUGGCUAUUCGCUGAGAUGUGAGAUUUCCAUAGAUAUGUUCACAUCUUUUCAAAUUCGAGUUACUAAGAGCUGUAUUGUAAUAUUGACUUUUGAUUGACUGUAAAUCAUUCGCGUGUAGCAUUUCCCCAGUUGUAUUAUUACACCAAAACAUACUGACAUUUAGUAGGAUGAGAAACGUUCGAUGAGUUGAUGAUAUGUACCUAGUACAUGAUAUUAGCGACUUUUGUACCAUUUCGUUUCGAAUUUAGGAGCAAUUUUACACUUUAGUUCUUCUAUAUACUGUAGUACUCUGGAAAAAUUUGCAUACAAAAAAUAUAGAGCAAGUCAACCUGAACGCGAAUGUAAAGAGCAUUGUAUUAGUAGAUCUGAUCUUUUGAUCAAGAUGACAAGAAAAUUUACAUACUGUAUACAUAAAUUAUCAAUAUUAAUGUACUAUGGUAACUAAACUGUAUAAAAUAAUUUUAGUGCUCCAACUAGUCUGAUGAAAAUCUUAAUUAUUAUUGUUAUUGUUAUCCCAGUCUAAAUUCUGCCCGAAGAGCUCUAUACCAAAUAAGCUGUAAGGCUCUAUCGCAAUCACAAACACCUAACGUAAUUUUCGUAAUAUCUAAACUCAGAGAUCCAGUUAAAAUAAGGUAUAAAAAAUACAGUGCCAGUAAUUUCUCAUUUCUUCACAUAAGUCAAGGGCAAGAUAAUUUAUUUCUUUUCCCAUUUCCUCCAAGCAAGCGCCUCCAGGUUUGCGCAGGGCAGUUCCACCACGACCGCGAAAAUAAAAGCGAGUGCAUAUGUCAACACCAGUGAGGAUAGAAAAUAGGUCACCUGAAGAAAGAAAGAAAAUAAUUGGAAUGUCAUUCCUUAGUACACUAGCUAGGGUGUGGCGACAAACAGCUGCAAUUAAUGGCAGUUAUGAAUGUUUUUUGAAAAAACGUCACACUUUUAGGCACCGUUCACAUGUUCAAUCAAAACGACUCCAAAAACUGAAAAAUAGAGCUGCUAGGAUUAUAAAGAACUUAACAUGAGCAAUGACGCAAAUUAUUCUACUGCUUUACAUGUGUUCCAGAGUAGAAAUUGAUUAUUAUUGAGAAAGAGACUGGUUCGAGGAACUGCAGGGGGCUCCCCGAAUAUGUACAAAACGAAAGUAACUUUAUAUUUUUCUAAAUUUUGUUUAUGUUAAAUUUCACGCCAGUUUUCCGUAUAUUUUGCGAAUUAAAUUAAAUAAGUUUAAAAACAUGGUCCUUCGUGUCGGAUAGAAGAAAAGUUUAGUAUUUAACGAUUGGCGUUAAUAAAUAGUGUUUAUUGCUUGUUGGAAGCAUGUCGAAAGAGCUAGAAGGCGUGAAAAAGAAGCGACGUUUUAUGAGGAAGUUGGUGACGGACAGUUUAAAGUUGAUUGAUGAAGCGCUUGCAGAGGAAAAUAGUCAUGCUAGAGUUCAGGUACUGAAAGAUAAUAUUUUAAGUAAAUGGAAGGAUUUAACAGAGGUACAAGCCUCGCUUUCUAUAUAUUUGGAAGACAGUGAAAUUGAGAGUAAAUGUGCAGCACACAAUGAGUAUGAAAUGAGAGUUAUGGAUUAUAUGGCUAGAAUGACAAAGUAUUUAAGUGUUAAUACACAUGCUGAGAACAGCAAUGGGUCUAACGAGAGUGGGUCAAGUUUGGGGUCCACAUGUAAAGUUCAAGUUAGACUGCCAAAGAUUGAAUUACCAACAUUUGAUGGGGAUAUAUUGUGUUGGCAGUCAUACUAUCAGUCUGUUAAAGUAUCCAUUGUGGAUAAUAGUGCUUUAGCAGAUGUACAAAAACUAGAGUACAUUAUGCGAUCACUGAAGGGUGUAGCUGGUGAGUCGGUUAAGGGAUUUUCAAUAGUGGCUGAGAAUUAUGAAUCUGUUUUGUCAACUCUGAAGGAAAGAUUUGGUCAUUCAAGGUUGAUCUUGGAUGCCCAUAUGAGGGGUUUGAUCCAUUUACCCAGAUUGAGUGCUGAAGAUGCAACAUCUAUGAGAGUGUUUUAUGAUAAAGUAGUCGGGCAUGUUCGCUCGGUUGAGUCAAUGGGAGAGAAGUAUAGCUCUGAAAUCUUGGCACCAGUAUUGGUUCCUUUGAUUGUUGAUAAGCUACCAAAAAAACUUGUGGAAAAGUGGGAGCUUGAAAUUGGAGAUAAGAAAGAGGACUGUUUGCCUAUAAAAACACUCUUUACUUUCUUAGAGCAAGUUAUAAGGGCAAAGGAAUCUAGUACACAAGCCCCUAAUGUAGAAUCCGAACCUCCAAAGAAUAUUUCUUUGAAGGAAGGAUUUCACAAAAAUCCAUCAUUCAGAAGGUCUUCAACAUCAGCGUUGUGUUCGUCUACUGAAACUCAAGAAAAGGAGUGUGUUGUUUGUG